AUAGCUUAUCACGUAGCUAAUCGCCUUUUAUAUUUGGCAUAUUCAAAUGUACAAUCCUUUUUCAGGAUAUACCUUGAUAGGUAUGAAGUAAAUAUACUUCGGCACGUAGAAAGAUUAACAAUAUGUAUUAACUUUAACGAGGGGAUGUAGCUGUAACACGUUUGCUAUACGAAAGUAAACGAUCUUUCAAAGAAAUCUACAACUCUCGAAACGGCACUAAUUCAAAAUGAUUGUGAUUGGCGAUAGAUAAGAUCGUAAGUUGUUUUUGGUGAACAUUAUUCGAAGAACCGUUCAUACAUUCAAAACGUUUGGUUAAGAACGUUUUCUUCCUCUAUAUUUUUCUUGAAAUAAUUAAAUACCUGUUUCUCGAAAAAAAAAUUCUGUUUUCUUAUUAAUACCACCUCGAGUAUGGACUCCAUGCGAGUUUCAUUGAGCUUUAAAAAAAAAGAAACUUAAAUCAAUAUUAUUUAUUCUUUACAAUAGUACGAAAUGCAACGAUCCUUCCAUCUUUUUUCCCUACUUUAAAUAACCAUUAAUUUCUCCCGCUAGAGAUGGCGCUACGAUAGAACAUCAUUAUUGGCGUCAAAUUUUAAAUCAUUUAAACUGAACACAAGUAAUCGAACAUCGUACCAAUGAUUUCUAAUUCUUUUUUCGUUUUUUAUAAAAAAUAAAUAAGAAAUAUUAAGGUCAUCUAAAGACGAUAUUAUUCCAGUCUGAUUUUAUUCCGAUAUAAAUAUCUCUUAUUGUAAGGAAUCAUAAUAAUAAGUUAUAUUUACUUCACUGUCAUAACCUAUAGUAUAACCUACUGUACGUCAAUUGUUGAAUAUUUUGGAAAAAAAAAUAUAUAUAUAAAAGAUUAAACAAAUUAUCAUGGAAGAAGAACCGCCGAAGUGCUGUAUGUACUUUGUGAAACGAAAAAAUCGAUAUUGUCGUAUGACCGUUAAAAGAGGUAACAAAUUUUGUGGAGAACAUCAACAGGAUUCAUUGAAUUCUAACGACGUAGAAAAUACUGAAAAAAUUAACAAAAGGAUAAAAUGUCCUCUUGAUCCUACUCAUACAUGUUAUGAGUCAAAGUUAUCUAAACAUUUGACAAUAUGCAAUGUCCAAAAGAUGUUGGACGCUCGACCAACAUAUAUAGUCCAAAAUGUUAAUUUAGAUGAAGAAACUGAAGAAAUACCACGUCUUCUUCCUUUGUCACAACUCGAUUUUUCCGUUGUAGAUGCGAUAAUAAAAAGAAUUGAUGAAGCUUAUGAAAAGCUACCAGAAAUUUCCAAAGCAAUAUUACACCAUGAUAUAUUAAAAGAUGCAUUAACUAUUUCAUCUUGUGGUAAAUAUGCUAAAAAACACUUGACACAAAAUUCGUCAUUGCUAGCACAUUUAGAAAAAGCUGAACUUGUUAAAAAUAAUACUUGUUACAUUGAGUUUGGAGCUGGAAAAGGUAAUCUAACUUAUUGGUUGGCACAAAUGGCAAAAGAAAAACAAGACUCUUGUAUAUUAUUAGUGGAUCGUUCUAGUCAUAGACAUAAAAAUGAUAAUAAACUUAAAAAAGAGCAACAUAAUAUUUAUGUAAGACGGAUACGUGCUGAUAUAGCAGAUUUACAACUUAGUAACAUUGCAGAAAUCCAAAAUUUUCUUAAUAAAGUUGGGAUUGCAAAACAUCUAUGUGGUACUGCAACAGAUCUUGCUAUACGAUGUUUGAUACGAGCAAUAGAUAAUAAAUCUAGCGGCAGUAAUUAUGGAUUAGUCAUAGCUUUCUGCUGUCAUCAUAAAUGCGAAUAUAAAUCCUAUAUUGGUAAAGAAUAUUUAGAACAAUGUAAAUUUCUUCCAAAAGAAUUUCCAAUUUUAUGUAGCAUAGCUAGUUGGGCGACUUGUGGGUUUAAUUUAAAAGCUGAUACUGAAUUAAAAGAUGAAAAUAAAAAAGUAAGAUUCAGCAAACAAAACGUGCGUUCUAUGGAACGAGAAUUAAUUGGUAAUAAAGUUAAAACAUUAUUGAAUUGGGGACGUUUAGAAUAUUUAAGAAACAUUGGUUUUGAAGGUUCUUUAUUUCGUUACAUUUCAUCGGAUGUUUCGUUGGAAAAUAUGUGUAUUGUUGCGAAAUAUUCUGUUACAUAGAUUAAAUAAUUAUAAUUAUUAAAAAUAAUUCUUAUUCUAAGAAAGAUUCUAUGUAUUAUAUAUUAAUUAAUAAAAAUAAUGAAAAUCUAUUUUAUUAUCUAUUCAAACAAUAAAUUUAAGCUUUUUCUUUAAAGUGUAGUAUGUUGCUUUUCUCAUUGGCUAUCAAUUAUAGACUGGAACGUUAAAUGUGGACAAAAAUUACGUCAAUAUAUAUAGGUUAUAUUUAUUUUCGAUUAAUUGAAAAUUAGAAAUAAACUGUAAAUUAUUAACUUAUAAAUUAUUGAAAUUAUUUAAUAAUUAUGAAUUAUAUAUACUUAUAUAAUUAUUAGAGUAAAUUAAUGAAUUGUAUCGAAGUACUGUACUUUUGACAUUUCUAUUAAUGGAUUAAAUCAAUAUGGCUGUUCAUAGCAUAUACAUGUGUUUUCUUUCGAUAAAGUGUAGAACCGCCUACAAUUGAACGUUUUAAUAAUAUUUUUUAUCGAAAACAAGGCCCCUAUUUGUAUCAGAUA